AUGUCUGAAUCGCGACGGGCGAAGCUGAUGGACCUGAAACGGCGUGAGGAGCUCAAAGAUGCUUUGAUCGAGAAGUUCAAGACUCGGUUCGGCCACGGCUCCGUCCUCAAGGAUGCAGACGAGAUGUCAGUGUCUUCGGCAGUUGGGCGGCAAAGUGGCUUCCAGCAUGUAGACCGCUUCGCUAAAACAGCAGCAGUGACAGAAGCGAACCUCAUGCGGCUGGUUGGCCCAAACUGUUUGUUUCUUGCCGAGAUGAUCUCGGGCGUCUCUGCCUACACCGGCAUGUCGUAUCUGCAUGAGCAAGAUGCUCUACGUCAACAGUUGGGUGUGAAAGCUUUGCAGCGAAAGAUGAGAAUGGAUCUGGAUCAGCAGGUGGCAGAGAAAGUCAAGAAGAAGGUUGAUGCACAUGACGAAGAGCGGCGCUACCAUGAGAAUUCCCUGAUGGAACUCGAGCGCUGGAAAGAGCAAGAGCAGAUCCGGCAGGCAUGA